AUGGGCGCUGAUAGAAAAAUCCCCCCAUUGCCUGCGCCGACCGAAACCGACACCACCACGCCUACCGAGUUGGCCACCGACAACACCACCGAUGUGUCCAAGCCCGGCGACGACAAGUCCACCUACUCUCUCCCCGAGGACGGCACCCCAGUAACCAUCCGCACCCGCGGCCACAAAGCCAACAAGUCCCAGACCUCACUCCUUAUUGAGUACUUUGAGGGUGGCAAGGCCUCAUCUUCCUCGGCCGAACGCAGACCCAGCGUCCGCGUUCGCCUCACACCCUCCAAAAAGGGCAAAGGCGACCACUUUCAAGUCACAGAAACAAAGGGCUCUCGAAAAGUCUCCCUCACCCGCCGCAUCCCUGUCGACCACCCGUCAGCAGACCUACACCUUCCUGAAGGCGACGACGCUCACAGCAUGACUUCCUACGCCUCCGCCACCGAAGAGUCUAACGUCUCCAGGAAUCCCAUUGAUAUUGAGAUUGAGCGAAGCCACCGCCGUCGUCGCCCCCCCAGUCCAUUAAUUCCCUCGGAGGACAGAGUCUCGUACCAACCUGGAAACAUGUCCGAGAUCUCUGCCAUCCCCACGGACAGCUUCCUAGAUGGCACCGGCGGUAUGAGUGAACUCAAGCACUCCAGAGGUGACAUCAUGGCCGGAGCCGCUGCCACGGCGUUAGCUGGCGCCGCUGUCGGGGAGGCCCUGCACAGUCGCAAGACAAGAAGCAGCGACAAGGAGCGACCCAAAGUAACAGAGCGGUCUAGGGACAAGUCUGUACCCGCUGACAAGAAGCGCCGUUCCAAGAGCCGGACGGGCAGCAUGGGAGAGCAUACCAGCGACGAAGUGCGCUCCCCUCGUCGUCGUUCCAGUCGAACUCCGCAAGAAUCCAAUAUUUCUGGCGCCGAAUCGAGUCUACUCUCUUCCAACCUGUCGGCUGGUAACCGCUCUGUCAAGUCGGGCGCCUCCAAAUCAUCUUCUAUCAAUAACCCCAAGCUUCUAGAGACUGUCGAAGACGCCAUCCGCCGCCUAAUCCUGCCCGAGCUAAGCGCACUCAAGAGAGAACAAAGCAAACGCGAAGGUCGUCGCUCAUCAAUCGCCUCGACAGGAACCUCGGUUUCUAGAGAUGAUGGCUACAUAGAAAAGAGGCGAUCGUCUGGUCAGAAAAGCGAUUACUCCAAAGAAAACAUCCGACACAAGGAAAAGCGCAACCGGGAAGCCCGCCACGACUACGAAAACGUCUCCCUACACAGUCCAAGCCAAGAUUCUCUCGGUGCAGAGUACAUAGCACGUGAGGAAGCUUUGGCAUCCCCUCAUCAUGGCGGCAACUUGCUGAGAGCUGCCGCUGCUGGCGCUGCUGGAGCCAUGGCUGCCAAGGGUAUCUCUUCGGCGCUGGACGAUGAUCCAGACUCACUAGACAGGAAACAAAGGGACAGACGUCGGCGGCGAGCCGACCAAUCUCGAAGUCGCAGUGUGGGCAGAGACGUAUAUGUGGAUGACUUCGACGAUGAGGAGCCAGCUCCGCCUAUGCCUUUGAUGAGCGACAUUAAUCCCUCCGAAGUCACAAGGGCCUCCAUUCUCUCAGCCGAGACAGAUCGACCCCACUCUGCUACUGAAGAAUUAGGGCCCACGCGUGAGGUUCAAGAACACAUGGUAUCGGUCCACUCGACACCAACUCCAUCUAGGUCGCCUGCCGACCAGUCGAGGCCUCUGUCCAUGCAGCAUGCCAAUGUGUCCCACGGGGACCUGACCAACCUCCCCCGUGGUCAAAAAGAAUACGUCGAAGAGUAUGAGACAGACGAAUUUGGUCGCAAAGUGCCCGUCAACCAAUAUGACUACUAUGGUGGGCAAGGUUCACAGGAAGCACCAGAGUACGAUGACUACGUGGAUGACCCCUACGCCAACAGUCUCUACAAUAGCGUGCAGGAUGUUCCGCCACCCCUUAAAUAUGUGCCAUACCAAGCUGGUGCUCGCGGGCUCAGUCCUAUUCCCAGCGUUUCUGGUUACACUGAAGGAGGAAGUGAGGCCCCACAGCCACGCACAUCCAGGAGCAUGCAAUCUGUUGACGCUGCUCUUUCCUCGCCUGCAAAGUCUCCCGAUCACAGACGCCAAGCGCACUCCAUGCGCUCCAUCGACUCUCUCCAGCUCGGCAGCCCGGCGCCUCAGUUCGCUGCUGGCCAAGAAGUCCGCGGCAUCUCCGCCAACCCGAAUGUUGUCAACCCCCCACUUGGUGUAGAGUCCGCUGUCGCUUCACUGGUUGACGGAUCCGUGGUGGAACAAUCUGUUGUAACAGGAAUGUCUGGCUACGAUAAUGGUACUGGCACAAGGGAAUCUGCGCUCUCAUAUGACGACGAGCCGCACUCGCGUAGUCGCAAUGCCAGCGCUACACCAGACAAGAUGUCCCUUGACGACGUUAGAGACUUGGACGAGGAUGCGCACCACACACCAACUUCGAGAUCAGCAGCACAGUCCCUUGAGUACUCAGAAUAUGACCUCGAUGAACAUGGCAGAAAAGUUCCCCGCAUUCGCUACCGCAAGUCACCCUCUGCGUCCGAAGCUGCCAUCACUGCCGGUGCUGUUGGAGCCGCAGCCGCCGCCCUUAAGGCUGCGCAGGAGAGAAAGCAGGCCGACAUCGAGACCUACGAGGAUGAGAACUUCCAACCCGCUGGUAUCAACAGAAACAGAUCAUUCAAAGAGCGUGCGAUGGGCUGGAAGCCUAGGCAGACUCCUACGCACAGUGUUGACAACUUUGAUUAUGAAGACACGGAUGCACCGCAUUUUAGCGCCAACGGCAUGCCCGACGUGAGCAAUCCCAUGCCCGAAAUUGGCUACCACAGGGACGACGACAUCGUUACGAACCCCUCGCUUCUCAAUGAGCCCAUGGAUGAUGACCUGCCCAACUGGGAUACGAUCUCUGGCAGAGCAACACCCACUCCGAGAAAUGCUGGUGGGUAUGAACCGGCUAAUGGCGAAUCAAGCAAAGCUGCCAUGGGCCUGGCAGCCGGAGCCGCAGCACUUGGAGCCGCAGCCCUCGCGGCACACAACCGUGGUCAAGAUCCCGAAGAGGACUGGGGACGAACAUCCGCGGAGCGUAAGCGCGACACGCUCAUCACGAACCCGUACGAGGAUGCCAGCCCGAUUGCAAAUCACGGCCUCAACGACGCUAUCCUUGAUCGCGGUGCUGUAGAGGCAAACUACGCUACGCCAUAUGGAACUGCCAGCCCCGGUGUCGGCCAAAAGUACGAUGAGGGCUACAUGUCAAACGGCCCCAACCGAACACCUGACAUGGCUGGCAAGUCUCGUGAAAUUGCUGGCGCGGACCAUAUUGAUGAAGAUCCAUUCUACGUGUCUAACAAGACAAAUCCACGACAUCUGAGUGGCUUCUCGCAAGGCAUGCAGUCUCCAUUUUACGACGCUGCUACUGGAGCCGGUAUGGAGAGAAUCGAAAACAAAGAUAUCGUUGCGCUGAUGCAGCAUUUGAUGGUUCGCGAUGCUCAACGGAGCGCAAGAGAUACGGAGAUUGUAGCACUUUUGAUGAACGCUGCUGUGGAGAUGCGCAACUCGUUCCGCGAGAUGAAGGAGCUUGUCCAAGACACUGGUGAUGAUGUCAUCUUUGCCGGCGUUGAAAAUACCGAAAAGCUCCAAAAGGCCAUCAACGGCCCGCGCCCCCUUCCCGGCACGGCUACUCGCUCUCUGCAAAGUGCCUCUCUCGAUGAAGCGACCAAGAAGAAGAACUUGUGGAAGCGAGCGCUCCAAGGUCUUAGUACGAAAGGCACCAAUGACCUGAGCCGGAUCGAGGACAUGCUUGUGCAGCUUCUCGGCGAGGUAGACGUUCUCAAGUCGCAGACUGCUCCUCCAAUUUCUAGUGGGCAAGGACAAUCUCUUGAGAACCUUCAGCCAGAAGGCCUCUACGAACAAGACAAGGGAUACGAACCCGAAGGCGCUUCCACACCCAGCGCUAGCCAUGCCAGCGCACCCCGUGGGCCAACCGCAGGAGAGCACAAAUACUCGGACCACAGAAUAAGCACCGUGCAGGAGCGCGAGGAAGAGUAUGAGUACGACUUGCCAAGCGCGACCACUGCCAAGCCUAACCCGGCCAUGCUCUCGCCGGGCUCUGUUAAUACCCUCCAGCGGGGAGGAUCCGUUCCGCCUGAGGCGUCGCCCGAGACGUCAUCAGGACCGCAGCAGACUGCUCUUAGCGCCGACAAUACGCCACGCAGCGACAAGGGAAAGAAGCACAAGUCGACCAGCUCCUCAGGGUGGAUUCCGAAGAUCUCGCGCUGGUCGGAGACUACUGCGUCCAGCGUUGGACGAGCAUUCCGCGGCAGCGGUACCUCAAAGAAGGGGGCCAAGUACGAUGAGUUUCAACCUCCUUCCCGAUCGGGGUCGAGCCUAGCAUCAUACGAUGAAGCAUAUAUGGACCCAGAUCUCUAUGGAGUGGACAAGCUGCAUACAGGGUUCUCGGAUCCGAACCUUGCGCAAGGCACUGGCGGCCCUUCACAACCGACAGUACCGUCCUUUGCUCUGUCGGAGGAUCCAAAAUACAAGGCGCACCGCAACUCGGUCAAUCUGCAGCACCCGCAACCGAGACAAGGUCAGACAGAACGCCACCAGGCCGCGCUCGAAUACUCUGCUCGCGAGUAUGACGAUCCCAUGACACCGCGGUCAACGGACUGGGCCGGUUCGGCAACGAGCCUGAGCCGCCUGCCGCCGAGCAACACAAAUCGAUACAGUGCAUCGUCUGGUGCUACACGGGAUGCCGACUAUGCGCUAUCAUCACCGAAACAGCAACAGCCGUCCGGGCCGCCGCGACCACCGAAAGAGCCGCUUGAUGCAUCUGUUCACACACCGGUCAAGGGAAACCGGGUGGCAUCACUGCAGAAGAACAGCCCCGUGGCGCCGACGAGCUACGAGAGCGGAUAUGGCAGCGCCACUGGCACAUAUGCCAGCCAAGUAACUGUAGACGGCAGCCCAAAGCUUGAGAACCGCAACCUGAACGCGGCGCUCGGAAUCCCGACCCGCCGGCCUAGUGGUCCGCGGGCGAUGACGCCCAAGAGCCCGGAGGAGGCAGCCAGAGAGGAGAGAAGACGCAAAAGAGAUACAUUUGGAACGUCGGCGAGCCAGGAGACGGAUACCUUUUGA